CUCCUAGAUGGGAAAACCAUGGAUUACUCCGAGGUGUCCGGCACCUUCGUGCGCCUGGCAGACACCCACUUCAUCCGGAGGUGCCCGAUGGUCCCGGAAAACCCCCGGAAUGCCGCGGAGCCGCCGCCCCCCGCGCCCGCCCUGGCCAUCGCCGAGAGGGACAUGUACGUCGUGCCACGGCUCAACCUCGCCGGGAAAGGGAAGCGGAGACGCUCGUGCGACGAGGAAGAGGACGGGCAGCGCAAGGCCAAGAGGCAGAAGCAGGAGGGAGGAAGCUCGGAGCCCCCUCAGGACGACGGCAUUUACUGGCAGGUGAACCUGGAGCGUUUCCACCAGCACUUCCGUGACCAGGCUCUGGUCAGCGCCGUGGGCAGUCGCAUGGACCAGACCAGCAGCGAGGUGGUGCGGACGAUGCUGCGCAUGAGCGAGGUGACCACGGCCUCGGGCGCGUCCCACACUCAGCCCCUCUCCUCAAACGAGAUAUUCCGGGCUCUUCCUGCUGGGUACAACAUCGGGAAGCAGGUGCUGGACCAGUACCUGGCGCUCCUGGCUGAUGAUCCGCUGGAAUUCGUGGGGAAGUCUGGGGACAGCGGUGGGGGCACCUACACCGUCAACCUGCACAAGGCCCUGGCGUCUCUGGCCACGGCCACGUUGGAGUCCAUCGUGGAGGAGAGGUUCGGCUCCCGCUGCGCCCGGAUCUUCCGCCUGCUCCUGCGCAAGAAGCACCUGGAGCAGAAGCAGGUGGAGGAUUUUGCCAUGAUCCCGGCCAAGGAGGCCAAGGACAUGCUCUACAGGAUGCUCUCGGAGAACCUGGUGUCCCUGCAGGAGAUUCCCAAGACUCCGGACCACGCUCCAUCCCGCACCUUCUACCUGUACACGGUGAACGUGGCGGCCGCCGCCCGGAUGCUGCUGCACCGCUGCUACAAGGUGAGUGCCCAGCACCAACAUUCCGGCCUAUCCAUGCGGGAAUUCCCAGGGAAUCCAGGUGGCACAGCCCCCUCCUUCCCGGUGCCACCAGGGGUGGUGGCAGUGGCACCGUCCCCGUGUCCCCUCAUGGGGUUUUUGGGAGU